AUGGCACGUUCCAGAGGAGGAGUUAGAUCUAGACCAGCGCCUGCGCAGACGCGUUCGGCCUCCAGCAUGGCUGCAUACCCACCAGCGCAGCAACAUGCCCCGCAGACUUCCGCCUAUUCUCACCCUCAAUCCGCUACCCAACCCCGUCAGCCAGGCCUUUUCGCACAAAUGGCGUCUACUGCGGCUGGCGUUGCUGUUGGCAGUGCCGUAGGCCACACGGUCGGAGCAGGCAUCACAGGGAUGUUUUCUGGCUCUUCAAGUGCGCCAGCUGAACAGCAGCAGCAACAACUCGCAGCAGCAGCACCAGCGCAGCAAGGUUUUGCACAAGAGCAGGCAAGAUCGUGUGAUCUAGAUGCUCGUAACUUGACGCGUUGUCUGGAGGAAAACAGCGGAAACAUGCAAAUCUGCGAAUUUUACCUGCAGCAGCUGAAGGCCUGUCAAGAAGCUGCUCGCCCUUACUAG